UGGGAUAUUUGCAUUAAGGAUUGUGAAAACAUAGUACGUUCAGUUCCUACAAGUCCUCGGUAGUAUAGUGAAAGGGGCCUAUCCAGAGAAAUAGUCUGCAGUCAUAUCCGAGCUUUCCUCCUAUUCAAAGAAUCUCUCGUCAACAUGGUAGCGAAACAAAAAGAAAACAAAACCGCAUGCGACUUCACCGCUUACAACUGCCCUGGAGGCAUCGAAUCCUUUGAAAACGGACACUGCUUCCCACAACUGGAAAGAAACGAGUCUUCUGCCUUGGAUCCCUCUUACAGGUUUGAUAUUGGACGAUUCGGGGAGGAUGUCAAGGGGGAAGGAGUUAUGUAUUUUUCUACCAAAGAUUCUAGUCAAUUCUGUGGUACCCAACUGCAGGCGUCAGUUCAGCUAUCGCCCAAAACUGGCCCAGUGAAUGGCGUUUUACAGCUACAACUAUUUUAUUCAAAUCACAGCGUCAUUUUCCAAAUACAAUGCAAAUUCCUAGACAUAUCGAAUUCAUUUACACACUUGAAUGGUCUAGCAACAGCAGAGUACAACAGCAUGGAUAAGCGUGUUGAGACUAUCCAGGCAAGGCUGAACUACCUAGACUUCACUACCAUUGAGAUGCCAAGUAACCACAGUAUCUCCCUCUACACAUCAGUUCUGUUUAUUGACAAGGUUGUGGUCAGGGAUAUGUAUGGAAACAGCUGGCAGUAUUGUGAAAAAGGGACAGUUCUCGAAGAUAAAACGGGUCAGCGCUAUGGACUACUGAACAUCACUCUAAAAAAAGCAUCUUGUUAAUAUAGGUGUCAAUAUCUAGAAGAUACUAAAAUUGUGAUAUGUUUAGGAAAUAGUAUUAUAUCUAUUUUUGUAAUAUUGCGUAGUUUUAGUAGAUAAAUAAUUAAAAGAUCGGU